AUGGGUGAAGAAUUAUUCGUAUUAGGACCCUCUGGCUCUGAUAGAGCAGUUGAACAGGCAAUUGUUGCAUUAAAGAAGGGUGCUCAUCUUUUGAAGUAUGGCAGAAGAAGGAAGCCCAAAUUUUGUCCUUUCAGAUUAUCCACGGAUGAAAAAUUCUUGAUUUGGUAUUCUGGUCAGGAGGAAAGACAGCUGAGAUUAAGCUCAGUCACGAAUGUUGUACGUGGCCAAACCACUAAACAACUUCAACCAGAGAGGGAAAGCCAGUGCCUUUCACUUGUCUAUGGAAAUGGUGAAUGCUCCCUUGAUCUGAUAUUCAAGGACAAAGAGCAGGCAGAGACUUGGUUUUUGGGUUUGAGAGCCGUAACAUCCAGGAGUAAUCGUAAUGGAUUGUUGAGUACUUUGAAGAAACGAAGAGGGGCACAAAGUUGUAUAAACAGUCCAUCUGGUUUUAUGAGAAGGAAACAGAUCUUGGGACUUUUGGAGGAGAAAAUUAGAUCAUCUCAGGUACACAGUUUAUCUGGGAGUCCACCUCAGGCAUUAUCAGCUAGAUGUACUUCUGAUGGUUUAUCAUGCUCGUCUGAUAGUUUUUAUUCAGAAUCAAGUCUAUCAAGAAUUCACAAUACCACGGAUUUCUUAGCUCCACGUUCUCCACUUCUUCAGCAAGGCCAAGAAGAUCCAAAUGAGCAAACAAUUUGUGCCCGUUCGAAAGUGCUUAGUCUGUUCUCAACAAAUCCUCUUGAGUCAUCCGAAUCUGGAAAUCAUAUAUUGAGGGAUGUCUUAAUUUGGGGGGAAGGAGCAGGAAAAGGGUGUUUGGAAGGUGGUGGAAUGGAAUUGGAUGCUUUAUUGCCUAAAGUUCUUGAAUCGACCAUGAUGUUUGAUCUCCAUUCCAUAUCUCUGGGAAGGAAGCAUGCUGCAUUAGUAACCAAGCAGGGCGAAGUAUUUUGCUGGGGCGAAGGAAGGAGGGGAAGACUCGGACAUAAAGUUGAUAUUGAUAUUACCUGCCCAAAGAUUGUUGACUCCCUUGUUGGAGUUCAUGUUGAUUCCGUUGCUUGUGGUGAGAAUCAAACAUGUGCUUUAACAUCUUGGGGUGAAGUGUACACGUGGGGCGACAAUUGUAGUACCGAUUUAGCAGAUGAACAUAGUAAGAGAAGCCUUUGGCUGCCUCAUAGACUUUAUGGUUCUCUAGAUGGUAUAACUAUAUCUCAUGUUGCUUGUGGACAAUGGCAUACAGCUAUUGUUUCCACAUCCGGGAAAUUAUUUACAUAUGGAGAUGGAACAUUUGGAGUCCUUGGCCAUGGAAAUCUUCAGAGUGUGUCUCACCCUAAGGAAGUUGAAUCACUCAAGGGACUACGGGUAAUGACCAUGGCAUGUGGAUCAUGGCACACAGCUGCCAUAGUGGAAAUCAUGGUUGAUCCUAUCAAAUUUAAUAAUCCAGGUGGAAAAUUGUUUACAUGGGGAGACGCUGAUAAAGGCAGGCUCGGUCACUUUGAUCAAGAGAGAAAACUCCUGCCAACUUGUAUAGCAGAAUUGGUGGAUCAUGAUUUUGUUCAAGUAUCUUGUGGCCAGAAUCUUACAGUAGGAUUAACUAGCACUGGUAAAGUUUAUACAAUGGGAAGUGCAGCACAUGGCCAACUCGGGAAUCCACAAUCCAGGGACAAGUCAAUAGUAGCUGUACAAGGAAAACUUGCUGACGAGUUUGUCAGGGAAAUCUCAUCAGGAUCUUAUCAUAUUGCUUCCUUAACAUCUCAAGGAAAAGUUUACACUUGGGGAAAAGGUGAACAUGGACAGUUAGGAUUGGGUGAUAUCAAAGAUCGAAAUUCGCCAACUCUAGUUGAGGCCUUGAGAGGAAGACAGGUAGAACAUAUUACAUGUGGAGCAAAUUCUACAGCUGCAAUUUGCUUACACAAAUCAGUAUCUAGUACUGACCAGUCUGUUUGCAAAGGAUGCAGCAUGUCUUUUGGGUUCACAAGGAAGAAACAUAACUGUUACAAUUGUGGUCUUUUAUUCUGUCGAGCAUGCACCAACAAAAAAUCUAUAAAUGCAUCCCUUGCACCAAGUAAGAACAAGCCGUUUCGAGUUUGUAAUCAAUGCUUUAAUCAGCUUUGCAGAGCUUUAGAUCCAGCUAGUCAUUUCAAGAUUGAAACAAACAGCCCAAGAUCAUUAUUUAUAUCUGAGAAGGCAUACCACAGCGAGAAAGAAGCAAUGUGUCAGAUGACUUCAGCAAGAAACUAUUCCGAUGACGGCAGUCAAUGCUAUGAGAGGAAUAAAUUGAGUAACCCCAUUUCUUUGGUGAAUGAGUUACCCAGAUGGGGGCAAGUUUCGUGUCCUGAAGUUUUCAAGAAAAGAUCUGGGGACCACAUGAUUACCCAAAUUUAUCCUUCAAGACAUCAGUUAUCUUCGCAGUCUCCAGUUUGCUUACCAGAGGACUCCUCUCAAUUAAUAUCUACCGCAUCCAGUUCUAUGAAUGUAGAGAAUAACUUGUCUCAAUCGGAGAAGUUCCUCAUUAAAGAAAUUGAAAAUCUUAAAACUCAGGCUGAGAAUCUACAAAAGCUAUACCAAACAAGAAAAGAGAAAAUUAAAGAAAAUCGACAAAAGACUGAGGAAGCUUGGUCACUUGCGAAAGAGGAAGCUGCCAAGAGUAAAGCAGCCAAGGAAGUCAUACAAGCUUUGACAUCAAGGAUUCGUGCAAUGUCAGAGAAGUUUUCUGCUGAAAGAGUCGAAGAAGAACAACCUAUUUCUGCUUUUGCUUAUGUGCCCCAUGAGGUUGAACAUCCAGAAGAUAAAUAUUUCGAAAGUCUUUCUAGUUCACCUAUUGUCUUUUCGAACAAGUUAAGAUCUUUGCGCAAUGGAGAUUCCCAUGAUGGAAUUCUGUCAGUAAAAGAACCUUGUGCUGGAAGAGUAGAUUCUGGAAAAACUGGAGUUGAACCCCUGAAGGUUGAAUGGGUAGAACAGUAUCAACCCGGUGUCUACAUCACUUUUGUAACUUUGCCAAAUGGACAAACAGGCCUCAAACGAGUCAGGUUCAGCCGGAAAAAGUUCUCUGACAAUGAAGCGAAGAGAUGGUGGGAUGAAAACCAGCAAAUAGUAUGUCGAAAUUACAGUAUUGAUGGUUAUUGA